AGAGUGUUGUGGACAGAGAGAUAUGUACUUUAGGGACAGAGCAGGGAAUACAGAAUGGAAUGGUGGGUACAGGAGGAAAUGUAGAAAACAUAUAGGGGCUGAGGGAGGGUGGGUUUCAAGAGAGGAGGUAAAGGGGUUGUGGGAGGAGGGUUCGAAGCAGAACAGGGAAAAGGGAGGGGGUUCAUAAUACAAAGUAAAUGAGUGCAUAAGGGAAGGAGGAGAGAAGACAGGAGAGUGAGCUUGAACUGUGGCUCUAAGUGUGAAUUCCUGACAGUCUGUCUGACAGUAGCUAUAAAACCUGCUGGAGUGAGCGGAGGAGACCAGUGAAUGGGGAAGGCAGCUCCUGUGCUAGGAGAAAAGGAAGGUAGACACACUGCCAGGGACUGACAGACACACAGAUAUAAGACAGAUACAAGGGAGCAAGUCAGUAGUGGAGCUGCCAACCAUUUAGACUUUAACCUGUCAUUCAGCCUGUCCUGUGUGUGUGUGUGAGUCUGGUCUUGUCAGUCUCAGGUAACUCCAAGCUUGUACCUGUGGCCCUACCGUUCAGCCUGCUAGUAAUUCAGAGUAUUUCCCUGACACUCGUCACUAAGAUAGUCAUUAAAGCCUAACUGUCAGCCAAGUGGCGCCUCUUCUGUCCGGUGACCUGCUCUGGCCACUGAACCACUGGGAACAUCAAGACCCGCACCAGACUCUUCCAGUCAUGAGAAUUACUAAGUGGAACUGGAAAUCACUCCUUUUUAUCCAAAAAAGCCUGGGUCCUGCAUGGAUAUUUUUUAUUUUAAUUGGAAACAUUGCUUUUACUGUAACACAGGACAACUCUCAGACUUCCAAUAGCCUGGAAGAGGGGGCAGAUAUAACCACAUUCUGGUGGGGCGAAUGGACCAAAUGGACUGCUUGUACACGGACCUGUGGUGGAGGAGUGAAGUCACAGGAAAGACACUGUCUCAGACAGAGGAGGAAAUCAGUAAGUAAUCUUGCAAACAAAACCUGUACGGGAACAUCUAAAAGAUACCAACUUUGUAAAGUUCAGGAGUGCCCAACCAACGGGAGAAGUUUCCGAGAGGAGCAAUGCACGUCGUUCAAUUCCCAUGUGUACAACGGAAAAACCUAUCAGUGGAAACCACUGUAUCCUGAUGAUUAUGUGCACAUCUCCAGCAAACCUUGUGAUCUUCAGUGCACCACAACUGAUGGACAGAGGCAACUGAUGGUUCAAGCUAGGGAUGGGACAUCUUGCAAAUACAGUGAAUACCGAGGGGUUUGUGUGUCUGGAAAAUGUGAGCCAAUUGGAUGCGAUGGAGUCCUGUUCUCCACCCACACCCUGGAUAAAUGUGGGGUUUGCCAGGGAGACGGGAGCAGCUGCACUCACGUCACUGGGAAUUACAGAAAAGGAGCUUCCCAUCUUGGUUACUCCUUAGUAACGCACAUUCCAGUUGGUGCAAGAGAUAUUCAAAUAGUGGAGCGCAAGAAAUCAGCAGAUGUCUUGGCUGUUGCUGAUGAAUCGGGAAAUUUCUUCUUCAACGGAAACUACAAAGUUGAUAGCCCAAAAAACUUCAUCAUUGCAGGCACUGUGUUUAAGUAUCGGCGGCCGAUGGAUGUGUACGAGACAGGGAUUGAAUACAUAGUUGCUCAAGGGCCGACAAACCAAGGUCUCAACAUCAUGGUAUGGAAUCAGAAUGGAAAGAGCCCGUCGAUUACUUUCCAGUAUACUCUCCAGCAGAAGCCACAUGCUAGGAUUUCCCAACCAGUCUACUACACAUUCUCAGACUCUGUCAGUGAGGAAAGCAAAGAGUUGGAAGAUGGUUCUCCUCAGAAUAGCAGUGUCUACAGCACCAUGCCCAAGGGAAGAUUGAGAAGCAGUGUUUUGGGGUUUCCUAGGCAUGGAUCAGCGGGGCAACAAAGCCCCAUAAAGGGGCAAGAGACCAAUGAAGUGUAUGAGGGAGGUGAAAUCAUGGACUGCAAAAAAAAGGGCAAAGGCAAAACAACAAAAGAUCUAAAUGCAAAUAGGACAACUCAACUGGCAGAGUCGGGGGAUCAAGAUUCCACUUACCAUUUCAACUCCAAGGAAAUUCUGUCUGGAAAUGCCAUUAUGAACCCUCUGGCCAGCAAAGCAUCGGACUCCAGAGAAAACUUUCCUAACAUGACAAGGGGCUUCCUCUUCUCACAAGGGGAUCCACUAAACUCCGUAGAACCUAAUUUAGAAACAUUAUAUAUUGACUAUGAGGACAAUGACGACACGGCACCAUUCGAUCUUAACAUGACCUUCCUGGAGUUGAGCAUUAACAGGACAAACAACACUUCUGCUGAGACUCCACUAAGCACUUCCAACAUUUCAACUGGCAACACGUCAACCAACAAGACACAGAAAGUGAGCAGAAAUAGACUGAAAUUACUGCGCAAGGUGCAGGGGAUGAGCGCCGCUGAUAUGUACCGCUGGAAACUGUCCUCUCAUGAGCCGUGCAGCACCACGUGUACCACAGGAGUCAUGUCAAGCUACGCCAUGUGUGUGCGAUACGACGGAGUGGAAGUGGACGAAUCUCACUGUGACUCUGUGACCCGUCCUGAGCCAGUGCACGAGUUCUGUGCAGGACGGGAAUGCCAGCCAAGGUGGGAGACAAGCAGCUGGAGCGAGUGUUCUAGAACCUGCGGGGAAGGGUACCAGUUCCGUAUAGUCAGAUGCUGGAAAAUGAUCUCUCCGGGUUUCGAUAGUUCCGUGUACAAUGACUUAUGCGAGGCUGCUGAUAUCACUAGGCCAGAUGAGAAGAAAAUAUGCAGGAAUCCGGCUUGUGGGCCCCAGUGGGAGAUGUCAGAAUGGACCGAGUGCACAGCCAAAUGUGGGGAAAGGAGCACAGUUACAAGAGAUGUUCGCUGCUCCGAAGACGAGAAGUUGUGCGAUAUAAACACCAAGCUCCCGUCGGAAAAGAACUGCACCGGCCCCCCGUGUGACCGCCAGUGGACUGUGUCUGACUGGGGACCUUGCAGCGGAAGUUGCGGCCAAGGAAAGAUGAUCAGACACGUGUAUUGCAAGACAAGCGAUGGAAGAGUUGUACCAGAAUCCCAGUGCAAACCGGACACAAAGCCAUUAGCCAUUCACCCCUGUGGGGAUAAAAACUGCCCUUCUCAGUGGGUCAGCCAGGACUGGGAAAGGUGCAAUACAACGUGCGGCCGGGGAGCAAAACAACGUAUUGUCCUCUGCCUAGAAGUGGCUAACGCCAAAGUGAAAACCCGCAGCCCCAGCGACUGUGAUCUUACAAAGAAACCUGCAGAAGAAAACACCUGCUUCGAGAGGCCAUGUUUCAAGUGGUACACUACCCCCUGGUCAGAGUGUAGCAAGACUUGUGGAGUGGGGGUUCGGAUGCGAGAUGUCAAGUGCUACCAGGGGACAGACAUCGUGCGUGGCUGUGAUCCUCUUGUGAAGCCUGUGGGGAAACAAACUUGUGACUUGCAGCCGUGCCCCACGGACCCACCAGAUGACAGCUGUCAGGACCAGGUUGGGACUAACUGCGCUCUGGCAAUCAAAGUGAAUCUGUGCAGCCACUGGUACUACAGCAAAGCCUGCUGCCGCUCUUGCCGCUCUAGCCCCUCCUAGUGGGGUAGCACAGCCGUUAUACAGGGGUAACUUCUAUAUAACUAGUGGCAGCAAGCCCUAGGGACAAGGGGACACAUCAAGCUAAAUGUGGGGAUUAAUGGAGGGGGGAAAAAUAUGACCAUGAAAAUUCUGGCAUUAUUAUGUUCCAUUCAGAGCGUACUUUUUGUACCUGCUCAAAAUAUCUGUAUCUUGGCUCAAUUUCUGCAGUAACGUUUGCAAAUGUACGGUCUUACUGCACCUCAUGCGAUCUAUUACUAAAAGGAACCCCACAAACACAGAAACUAUCCCUCAAAUAUUCAUUCUGCAUUAUAGUUAAUAUAUUCUAGAGAAUUCAGUCUUAGUAUUCAGUAUAUUGUAGCCUUCCCACAGUUUGGGUCUGUCCCCUGACAAUUCUGCUUGGAAAUUACUGUAUAUUACCAUUUUAGCUAUUGGACCCUAAAAAAAAAAUAAAUGUUCCUAGCUUGGUUGUUGGACCUGAAUCUAUCUGCCAGAGCGAGGCUGAACCCCUGAACUGGCCGUCAUUGGGCAGGAUUCUGGGUACAGCACUUAACUUGAUGCUACCUCUUUAAACAUGUGCAGUUAGUCGGGACAUGAGUUAAUAUUGGCUUAGCAAGUGGUUCAAGUACCGUGCAGAUGUCUUUCCCCACUUGUGCUAUCUAACCAAGAGUAUUUGGGGAUUUUGCUCUUCUCAAUCAUGGCCUAAGACGAUGCUAUUACAUCAGACACAACGUGUACAGCGAACAUGAGCAAUAUCCUUCUUAUUAUAGCCUGCUUGGCUAAUAUGCUACCCCUCAGGCCUUAUGCGCCCCUCCUGGGUUAAACCAAUUCAUUCAGACUCCGAGGAACUAGACCAGCAUCCCAGGUUAACAUGAGGCCUUACUGGUAGCAGCGUUGGCCAGUCUGUAAACAACAAAUUUGAACCAAAUGUAAUCGGUCGAGAUCUUUCAAAUAGAUUUGUAGCCUCCAGCAAACAGUCCAUACUGGAAAUCCGCAUUUCUCACCCUUGGCCUUUCUUGUGUUGUACAAUUGCAGCCAACGGCAGCUCAACAGCAGAAGGCUGGCGACCCGACCAAGGGACUUGGACUUUCUCGGAAGAGUUUAUUGUUUCGCUUUCCGCCUUUUAGAAAAUCAACAAAAUGCUGCUUUUUUUUUUCUUGGUAAUCAUGUAUUUUUGAUAUUUAAGUUAUCCUUUGUAAUUUUAUUAUAGACCCAACGCCUUCCAUCUCUGGAAAGAAGUCUAUGACAAAAAAAAAAGUUAAUUCUAAUCUCUAUGAUCAAGGUGUAUACUAUGAGAGAGGUAUAUCCUUUGUACAGGGCAGCGACAAGAACACGUCAUUGUACAUACAGUACAGUAAGGGGCCGAUUCACUAACUUCGAGUGAAGGAUUCGAAGUAAAAA